UUUUUUGUGUAUUGAAAAUCAUUUUUAUUUAUUAUAAUAAUACAAAAUCUCAGUCUUCAGCGCCAAUUGAAUAGUUUCGGCGCCGAAAAAAAAAGUUAAAAAAAAAGUUUUGUUGUUUCACAAAAGUUAUGGACGAAACGAUUGUGGCCGUACACGGGUUGGCCAAUACAGAGGAGGAUGACGAAGACUUUGUAGACAAUGGUGUCGAUACGGAAGAAUUGGACGAUAAUAAUGGUGUGGUUGAAGAUGGGGAGGAGGGAGAAGAAGAUGAGGAAGAGAUGAUGGUUGACAACAAUGACGAACUGAAUGGUAGUGUUGUUAAGGAAGAGUUGACGGCAGCUGUCGAUGAGGAUGAAGAAGAAGUAGAAGAUGAAGACAACAACUCACAAUUGGACGGACAAACUGAUGAUCAGUUAACCGAAGCCGACGAUAUUAUUAUUGCCGAAGCAGUAGUGGUCACACAGUAUACGUGUAAGUUCUGUAAUCGACGGUUCGAUACGAUUGACAAAGUGAAGAACCACUAUCUGUUGAGACAUAAUAAGGAUCAGUCGAUUGCCAAACGAUUCUCUGGAAGCGGAUCGACGACAACCACAACAAACACACAGUCAACUAAUGAAGAAAACAAUGAUGAAGAAGCUAACGAUACGGACGAUGUGAAAGUAGCGACAAAUAAGCGAAGACCGCCAGCGAGACGAAGACAUCCGCCGGCAAGUAGUCGAGGGAAACAAAGUCAAUACAAUUUGAAGAUCAUAUCGAAUGUUGUCGAAGAAGAUCCGUCAAAAAAGAGAGGACGUAAACCAACGGGUGUUACCCGAAAGUAUCCGUGCGAUUGGCCGUCGUGUACAUACGUGGCCAGACAUUCGGUUCACCUGAAGGAUCACAAGCGCACACAUACGGGUGAGAAACCCUAUCGCUGUAAUUGGCCCGACUGUGGACACAGUUUCGUUCAGGGAUCAGCUCUUAAAACUCAUAUGCGUACCCAUACGGGUGAGAAGCCCUACCCGUGUGAAUGGCCGGGUUGUACACUGAGUUUCUCACAGAAAAACAAUGUAAAGGUUCACAUGAGGACACAUACGGGUGAGAAACCGUAUGUUUGCGAUUGGCCCGGAUGUGAGUGGAGGUUCGCUAUUAAAGGCAAUUUAGACGAACACAAGAGAGUACACGCCGGCGAAAAGUUUUUCAUAUGCGAUUGGCCGGGUUGUACCCGUAGUUACACUCAGAACUCGCAUUUGAGACGACAUAAGUUGGUUCACACGGAAGAGAAGCCCUAUGCUUGCGAUUGGCCCAACUGUUCCUAUCGAUCGGUUCGGGCGUGCGAUGUGGCCAACCAUCGUAUAACACAUACGGGAGAGAAACGAUUUGUUUGCGAAGUGAUCGGAUGCGAGAAGGCUUUCACUCGCGGACAUCAUYUGCGCCGACAUAUGCAGACCAAUCAUACAAUCGAAACAGAAGUGUACGACGAGAUCGCCGAUGACCAGGAAGUGAUUGCGGCCACCGAUGAGAUCAUCGAAGAGGAGGAGGAGCCGCAAGAGGAACAGUAG